AUGAAAAUCUGUAGUGCAUUAAUAGUUAGCUUACUUGCCGCGUCGCGUGCUGUUUUGGCCGAUUCCGACAGGUUUGGAUUUGUUGGAUUUGUUGAGGGACCCGACGCCGGUUAUUUCACAAUAUACGACGAAGGAAAGGACUUGCUUAUUGGACGUUCCUUAAAGAAAUUAAGCGCGGUAAUUAACAAUUCUGGCAAGAUCCAGUUUUCCAAUAACGAAUGGCUCGGAGUUGAGGACAGCGGCAAAAUAGUCAUGGGAGGUGAGAGUUCCGCAGCAGAUGGUUUCAAGAUUGUAGGGGGGCGAUUAACCUACAAGGACUCGCAGGACUUUUACGCUGUUAACGACAAUGGCAACACUCAGUGGUAUACGCAGUCCGUAGGCGACAGUCCUAAAAUGGAUAUUCGUCCACAUUCUACGACUGGCACAACUGUGGUUGCUGACUUUGACCCUUCCGAGCCAGAUAAGCCCAAGACUACAUCAGGUGUGAGAUCUGGUUCGUCAGCGGGUAAUUUAAUGCAACCACCAAGGACUAAUGCCGCUUCUUCAAGUGAAGAAAGCCGUUCCGUACUGCUAUCAACUAGGACUAUAGUUGGGACUAACUUUAUACCGGUUAUACACACACCGGCUCCUAACGUGGUUGUCACCUCGAUGCAGGCUGUUCCAACGACAGAUGUCACCGUCGUGUCAUUAAGGGUUCCUCUUUCCGACAGGCCAUCCUUGCUGCAUGCGACAUCCACCAAUGGUGAUGGAUCUUUCUACAAUGCACACAGGAGUGUCGAGUCUAGUUCUAAAAAUGGCGCUGGGCGCUUAGGUCGCUUAAACAGUUACAUUAUUGGUGCAGCGCUCUUACUGCUCUGA